GUUCCUAAACACUCGCCAUCCCCGCUUUAAGCUCUUUACUGUAGACGUGUGAGAGAACGAACCCCGAGCUCACACACGCCUGUACAGCCGAAUCCUCCGCUCCAUAGGAUUCCCACUUGGAGUGGGCUUACUGAUGCCAGUUAUGGCUCUCAGACAAAGCCAAGGUUCCAGGGCAAUGACUGAUUGUCCGCAAUACAUCUCAUCUGUACCAGACCAGGCAGUUAAACACUCCAGAGACAGAGAGGAUUUUGAGGAACCUCAUAGCAGUAACACAGAAAGCCAGUCAAGCACACCAGUCCCAGCCAGCUACUGUCCCACUGAAGGCUCUGUGUCAGGGGAGGAUUUCGACCAUGAAGAUAGCCCUAAUCAGCAUGACAGCAUGGAGGAAGACUCACUGUCUGAAUAUGAUAAUGUGAAAUCGGAGGAGGAAGACGAGCAGGACUAUGAGGAAGAUGAGGAACUGCAUACCGAUGCAGAUGGGAUGACUUACUAUGUUCACUGUUGCCCUGAAGACGAGAGUUAUUUGGAAGGAAUGGACUGUCAUGAGGUUGCUGAAAGACCAAGUACUUCCAGAAAACCACCUGCUGGAGAAAGUUCAGAUGCCUGGGAAUUCUCCGAGGGAUUUUAUGGAAUGCUCCAGCAAGGAACAGAGGACCUGGUCCACAAAGGUCCCAAGCCUAGUACUGAGUCUUUCAUUCAUGCUCCCAUGGCGGAGGAUGAAGAAGAUGAUGAAGACGAUGCAGAGGACGUAGAAGAAGAAGAUGAAAAUGAUGAUGAUGAGGAGGAGGAUCCUGCGGAAGAAGAUGAAACAUGUUUUGCUUAUGAACAAGGAAAGGCAGGCGGGAGUCAGGAUGAAAUUAUCUGCAAAGGGCAAUGUGAUUUACGAGAGCACAGUAAAAACCCUCAUCGGGGAUCAAAUUCCAUUAAAGGAAUGAGAGUAGGAGACAAGGGUUUAAGUAAAGAUUACACAGUAGAUAAAAACAUCCCAGAAAAGUGUACGGGUGACAGCCAGAGGUCAAUCAUCUGUCACAGAGAAGGUAAUCAAAAGACCAAUGCUGAAGUUAAAGCUGAUCAUCUAGGAAACUUUGAAGUAGCCAGGGCAGAAACAAACUCAAAACAAAGGUCUGUAUUUAGACGGCAUCAGAUUUGUAAAGAUGACAAAGGCAGCAAAAACCGCAGAAUUAAUAGUAUGACCAAACAUGAAGAUACUGAUAAUAGUGAGGAUUUAAAAAAAAGACAUUCAUACAAAGAUCAUGGGAGGGAAAAAAGAGAAGACAAGUGUUUACAUGUUGGGGAUGGCAGUUCUGAAGACAGUACAAGUAGGGGACAGAGGUGUCCUCAUAGCAAUAGGGCGAAGACUGGGAGAGAUACGGAACAAUCAGUGGGCACGGAUGAGGAUAUGAAUCAGGUUGUAAAUGAGAUAAAAACCAAAAUGAAAGUAGGACCUCAGAGCUCUGAGAUAGACAGAGGUAUAGUAGAGAAGUCGUGCAACGAAAGGAGGAUCCCAGAAAGUUCACAAGUAUCUGCGCUUAGACCACACAGUGAAGAAAGCAGACUCAAUGCCUCCAACACACCCAUGUCAGCUCUUGACUCACGGCUGCAGAACGACCCAGUCAGACUCACUAAAGAAGACUGCUUGAGGUCCAGUAAGGGCCAGGUGACUCAAAACAGCCCACAACACGGCACAAUAAAUCCACGAUCUGAAACCAACACAACAGCUGACAACUGUAACCUCCCUCAGCAAGGAAAGAAAAACCACUCUUUCCCAAGCUUUGUGGAUGUCCCAGGCCCAUGUGAACCAGAGGACCUCAUUGACGGGAUCAUCUUUGCUGCUAACUACCUCGGGUCUACCCAACUUCUCUCAGACAGAAACCCGUCCAAGAGCGUGCGCAUGAUGCAAGCUCAGGAAGCUGUAGACAGAGUAAAGUGCGGCGAUAAAGAGAGCCAGAGCCCGAUCGAGGUUGACCUCUUCAUUUCCACAAAAGCCAUCAAAGUGCUCAAUGCUGACACACAGGAGACAAUGAUAGACAAUGCUCUUCGGACUAUCUCCUACAUUGCAGACAUUGGGAGCGUGGUAGUCUUGAUGGCUCGCAGACGAGUGUCACAGUCUGCUGCACUCGACUGUAAUGAAACCAGCCUGAACUCUGCAGAAGCCAGGAAGCAGUACCGUAUGAUCUGUUACGUCUUUGAGUCUGAGGAUGCCCAGCUCAUUGCACAGUCCAUUGGUCAGGCGUUUAGCAUGGCCUACCAAGAGUUUCUGAGAGCAAACGGAAUUAACCCUAAGGACCUCAGCCAGAAAGACUAUAGCGACAUUCUUAAUUCACAAGAGAUGUACAACGAUGAUCUCAUUCACUUUUCAAACUCUGAGAACUGUAAAGAGUUGCACCUGGAGAAGCAGAAAGGGGAGAUUCUUGGGGUUGUGAUAGUAGAGUCUGGCUGGGGGUCGAUCCUGCCCACUGUUAUCCUCGCCUGCAUGCUGAACAGUGGACCAGCUGCUCGUUCCGGAAAGCUCAACGUGGGUGAUCAGAUCAUGGCUGUCAAUGACACAAGUCUGGUGGGCUUGCCCCUAGCCACUUGUCAGAGCAUCAUCAAGGGCUUGAAGAAUCAGUUACAGGUGAAGCUGAGUGUAGUAAGCUGUCCUCCUGUGACUACGGUGCUAAUAAAGAGACCAGAUUUGCAGUACCCUUUGGGCUUCAGUGUACAGAAUGGCAUAAUCUGUAGCCUGAUGCGAGGUGGAAUAGCAGAACGCGGAGGAGUGCGUGUGGGUCAUAGAAUAAUUGAGAUUAACGGACAGAGUGUAGUUGCCAUGGCACAUGAGAAAAUUGUCCAUGCCCUGUCGGUGUCUGUCGGAGAGAUUCAUAUGAAAACUAUGCCAGCUGUGAUGUUCAGACUGCUAACUGGACAGGAAACCCCAAUGUACAUCUAAACGCAAUGCUGGUGCUGUGGAAGCUCUGUGAUGCCCUGCGCUGCCUGUGUAACUCGACAGUUCCAUACACAGUUCCUUGUUCCCAAGAGGAACUCCUAAAGGUUUUAUGUAAAGCCCUACAACAAAGUGUUUUCCUACCCUUCUCAGCAGAAAAAUUAAAAACUUCUCCAAAUAUCCUUCAUUCCUUAUAAGUGUAGUUUGAAUCCCUACUACGAACUGUAAACAUCCUUGUUGUGCGCUCUGCAAGUAUACUAGUUUACUAAUCCAGUAUCAGUACAUCCAUUAGGGAAACUGACAUCAGGCUUAACCCUUGGUUGAUCAUGCUCAUUUACAGUGUGUAUGCUUCGUCAUAACCAGAAAACUAACGCAAGAUAUUUUAAUCCUCAUGUUGGAAGGCAAGGUCUGUGUGUGAGUAUGUAUGAGACAAGGUGUUUAAAGCUAACACUGACUUAAAGUACAAGACUCUCCUAAUAAAUUAGGUUUGCAGUGCUCAGCAGGGUUAAUGUGGAUGAAUGAAUCUUCUGAAUGGUAGUCACCUCCUCCUGUUUUUAACCCGAGGGGGGAAAAAACAAUGCAUGAUUGUGUUCCCUGCAGGUGAGCUGUAGCUUAUAGAAUGUCGGGUCACCCAUGUCAGACCUAGUAAACAAAUACAGCUGUGGUUAAGUCCACCCUGACAGUUGUCGUUCACCCACUUGCUUUGCCUUGCAUGAUUAUUUUUGUUUUAUUUAUUAGUAUUGGUAUUUAUUUAAUGCUGUAAAUAAUAGAGUUGUUUAUCAGCUGACUUGUAAUAACUAAGACUAGAUAUCUAUGCAGAUUCAUUAGCUAAAAUGGGAAUGACGCUAUCCAUGUUUGUAAUUAGCCAUUUAUAUUUAGUUCAUUUCAUUAGACUCCGGUCAUUUGUGGAGGAUUGCCUGACUUCCAAAGAUUUUCUCAUUAGAAUAUAUCCAAAUACCCAUGACACAUUGGGCUGAUUUAAUUGUAUUAUAUUGUUUUUUUAAUCUGUGCCUUUGACUCUCACCCGUUAAAUAAACUAAAUAUUCCUUUA